AUGGCGCAGGCACGGACAGACAUAUCAUCUGCGGGCUGUGGUCGCGUGCAUCCUCCCAGCGAGGACCUCCUCGAGAGAGACGACGGCCAGGCCCGCCACCUCUGGGAGUGCGACACCCGCAGCAGCCAGGGCGGCCUGAAUUGCGAGCGGCCGGUCUGGGUCCGUGCAGAUAGCACGUCCGUGGGCACCCCGCAGACCUGGCUCAGCGACCGUUGGUGGGAUCUGGCGUCUCCAGAGGCAGGUGCCCCGAAGGCGAGCGUGCCUCCCGAGGCCCUGGCGAUACUGGCCAGGACCAGCGCUGCGCCAGGCUGGGUGCAGCCGAGCUGCAGGCAGGGUGGUCCCCAGCCCUGGCGGCGGCGAAUGUACCGGAGCCCCUGCGAGGCAGCGGCGCCUCCCCGCGUGCGCACGGCCGCGGCGGCCGCUGGGUCUGGGCAGGUGAUCCUCUGUGGCCCUCUGCAGCGGCGUGUACUGGGCUUCUGCUGGUGCUGGCGGUGGUGCGUGCUGGAGCCAGCCGCCCUGCACGUCUACGGGAGCGAGGCCCACGGGAGGGAGGCGCCGAGCCAACCGCUCGAGAGCAUCGAGGUCGGCCGCGUGUUCGCGUCGCCGGAGGGGGGCGCAGGCUUCCAGCACACCUUUCGGUGCGCGGACCGCACCACGCUGCGCUCGCUGGCAGCUUUCCGAGCCGGGGCGGGCGACCUCUGGGAAGAGAUCGCCGCGGCCCGCCUCUGGGUGGACCUGCUCAACACGGCCGCCCGGGUGGCGUGCAACCCCCAGGCGGAGCCGAGCACGACGAAGAUCUCGGGGAUCCUCUGGCACGAGGCCAUCCUCGGGGCCUGA